AUGCACAUCCUAGCGCUGGCGAUCAUCAUCGGCCUGUUGCCGCAACUGGCUGUCGUCGAUGGGUACGUGCGGUUCGGUCUAGCCGCGGAUGUAUCCAACGAAAUCCACCAAACGAGCCGCUCCAAUCCGAUGGCCAUGCUUCCCGUGGUUCUGGCGCUGGCCACACCGGCCAUCGUCGUGGCCCUUGGGACACUGCGGCCCGUACUCCUGGCCCUGGGCCUCGUCUACCUGAUGCUGUUCGGGCUCACGCAGAUUCCCAUCGUGGGCGAUCUGAUGCAGACCGCGUUCCGCGUCAUGGGCUCUGCUCUCUCCGACUCCGUGCCUCCCAACGUGGGCCGAGACCUGCUUCGCGUCGUGGGCCUGGACAGCGAGGCCUGCCGCACCCGCGCCGUGUGCGAGAUCACCGAGGACGCGGUUCGCAAGUACCCCACUGCUUCGGCCAUGCUAUGGUCCCUGACGGGUGCCUUCCAGGCCCACGGCAGCGCCGAAAGCAUCCUCAAGGGACUGCUGGGCGGACUGUCCGGUCUGGGCUGCGAGUCCCUCUACUCGACGUGCAGCAAGUCUCCGCUCGAGAAGCUUCUCAAAUCUAGGUCAUAGUUUUCGACGCGUGUAAUGUUAAGUCGCCGAUCGACGGCGUUUCUCAAAACUA